AUGCCAUUCCCUGUGGAUAUGUUGAACAGCUGCAGUCAUGAGGACUUGGAGACCUCAGGAGAGAAAUACUUGUUUGGCCUUCGGUAUGGGGAUCCAAACUGUCCUGAAUUCUUCUCUCUGCCAGAACAUGGCAAUAUUCCUAUUAGACUAUCAACUGUGGGCUUCGUUCCUCUGUAUGGUGAAGAUCUGACACACAAAGUUCUUGCUUUGUUUGCACCGCAGGACUCGCUCACAGCUGUAGCCCUGUAUCUUGCUCACCGGUGGUGGUCAAUUGAUGACAUUUUGAGAACAUCUGUCCAUGCUAGACAGGGGCUUCAUCAGGUGAAUUCUGUUGGAGAGAGGAUUGUCCUCUAUGUUCUGAAUCGAAUUGUCUAUCGGACGCAAGAAAUGGAAAGAAAUGAGGUCCCGUUUCUCUGUCAUACUAUCAAUGCCUAUGCUAAGAUCAUGUGGAAAAAAGGAGAGGCUAUUGGAUUCUAUUCAGUUAAACCUACAGGAAGUGUUUGUAGCUCUUACCAUGGUCAGAAGUAUAAGCUGCCAGUGAUAGACACAAUGUUUGUAAGAAAGAAACAUCGUGGAAAAGACUGUGGGCUAAUGAUGUUGGAAGACUUUGUGGAUUCUUUUUCUGAAGAUUAUCUUGGCCUAAGAUACCCACUGUCACCCUUUGUGUACACAGCUUGUGAGCAGUAUCUUGAGAAGUACCCUGGGGAUCAGGACCUUUUGUGGGAAGUGCAGGGAGCAGGACAUUGGUUCCAGAGAAGAUCUAUUAUGUCUAUAUGGCAAAUGGAGCAGUGCAAAAUUGCAGACCCUAACACAACUCCUGUUUCAACUUGGAUGCGAGGCAGUCAUUUAAAACGUCCCAGGAUAGGAAAAAAAAGCCAGGAGGCUCCAUUUGAAACUUUCCAAGAAGAUGAGGAAAAUGCUGUUCGUGUGUUAGAAAGCAGGCUGGAACUUUCUGGCUACACACCUGAAAGCUCUGAAGACUUUGUAGAAGCAGCUGAGAAGACUGCUGUUGAGGAGGAUAAGACUGUUGAAAAUGAGGAGCAGCGUGUAAUAGAAGUGGAGAUACAUGUAUCACCUCCUGAGAAACAGAGUGAGAAGGAAACUCUAGCAGAACCUCUUAAUGGGGAGGUAACAGAAGAAACUGCUAAGACCUCACUUACUGAUAAAGAGGAAACAGCAAGUGAAGUUCUAAGUGAUGAAUCAAAAUUGCAGUGUGAGAGUCAAGGAGAAGAAUCCUUAACGCUGUUUGUUCCAUUAAUCCUUGAGUCUCCGGCAAAACCUUCAGAAGACACUGUCUCAGAGAAGGUUUUAAAUGCAAAUGAUUCAGAAAUGCUGACUGAAGAAAGUAGAUUAGUGGAGGAGAACAACACUGAAGAACAGCAAGAAUCUGAAAAGGCCACCACUGAAAAUGCAGCUGCUUUGGCAUUGAAGGAGGAGCACUCUGACAAUGGCCUGCCCAACUCUACGGUAACUGAAGCAGCAGAGGAAUCUGUUUCUGAAAAUGUGUCGCCUAAACCAGCUUCCUUAUUGGAAGAUCAAAAUGAGGAAGCAGGGCACAACUCACAAGAGGCCCCUGUUGCCUUGAGUCAGAGCUCUUUGAUAGUGGUUGAACUUGAGGGUGUUUCUUCUCAGCAGCCUUCUGGACAGGAAGGACAGAAGAACCAGUUGGAAGAACACUCAGAAGAGUCUGCUGAGCAGAUGGAUCAGUACAUGCAGACAGCAGUGGAGCGGGCUGCUGACAGCAGCUCUGAGGAAGCAGAAAUCGAGGUACCCAUUGUAGAUCGGAGAAGCUUGCGAAGAAAGGCCAAAGGCUACAAAGGUCCACCCAAGAAAAAAGGAAAGCCAGCUUAA